GGGCAACUCCCCAGACUUAAUCUGCAGCCUUGGUCGUGGGUUUGAUAGUAUCCAAGACGGAUUCUCUUCCUUGACCAAGAGUGGAAGCAUAUGAUCCACCUCGUGUUUCCGCGCAACGAAUGUAAACAUGGCGGCGCCACCAGUAGAUUAUUACAAAACCCUUGAGGUUUCCCCCACAGCAACAACAGCUCAGAUCCGCGAGGCUUAUAAGAAGGCCGCAUUGAAGCAUCAUCCUGACCGUGUUCCUGCUGACAGCCCCGAGCGCCCCACACGCACAAAGCGCUUCCAGCAGAUCAACGAUGCGUACUACACACUAUCUGAUCCCACAAGACGGCGCGACUACGACGCGGCUCGUAUGUUUCACGCCGGUACCUCGGCUCCUGGUACAUUCGAAGAGGAGGCAGAUGAGGAAGUCCCGGCAGGCGGCAGCAGUGGUACUGGCGCGACAGGUUUCCAAAGCUGGAGUGACUUCUUCAGGAGCACUUUUGGUAGUAAUACUCCUGCUCAGGAGCAGGAACGUUCAAAUGCCCAGUUCUCAAGUGUCUUUGAGGAGAUGAUGCGCGAAGAGGGCAUGGCAGAGGGCGAGCAGGCUCAGCCGACGGGUAAGUUUUGGAGUGUGAUCGGCGGUUUGAGCGGAGGGGCGAUGGGCUUCAUUGUCGCGAAUUUUCCUGGAGCCAUUGCAGGUGCAGUGGCUGGAAACAGACUUGGGGCCAUAAGAGACGCGAAAGGCAAAAGCGUGUAUGCUGUAUUCCAAGAGCUACCGCAGGCGGAGAAGGCGAAGCUGCUGUCUGAUCUUGCUGCACGAGUGUUCGCACAUGCUGUUGGCAGCGCAUAGGAUAGAAAAGAGUCAGAACUGAACUGGGCAGACGGCGUCGGACGGGAGGAUAUAGUGAUAUCCCUUAAAUGAGUAAUGGAAUUUAAGCCAUGCUGUGCCUUAUCUCAGGUACAGUAUUGGCUGGAUAGUUAAUAUCACUGUUGCCAUUCAUAGUGCCAUCUCAUCCAAGUUUAAGGUCAGGCUCGAUCUUUUCUA